GUUGUUUAUCCUUAUCACCAGGUAGUAUUCCAGUUGAUGGUCGCAGUGAGAAGAGUUUCGCCAUGAACGGUAAUGGAUAUAGCAGAAUGGAGUCCGAGUAUAUAUGGAGACACCACAGACAUGAAACAAGAGAGAACCAGUGUAGUUCUGCUCUUGUUAAACACAUCAAAGCUCCUGUUCAUCUCGUAUGGUCAUUGGUGAGGAGAUUCGAUCAACCACAAAAAUAUAAACCCUUUAUCAGUAGGUGCGUUGUGCAGGGGGAACUUGAGAUUGGUAGUGUCAGAGAAGUAAAUGUUAAGUCUGGGCUCCCAGCCACAACCAGCACUGAAAGGUUGGAGCUUCUUGACGAUAACGAGCAUAUCCUCAGCAUCCGGAUUGUCGGUGGGGAUCACAGGCUAAGGAACUACUCAUCAAUCAUAAGCCUUCAUCCUGAGAUCAUUGAUGGGAGGCCAGGGACCCUGGUGAUUGAAUCAUUUGUGGUGGACGUGCCCGAUGGAAAUACCAAGGAUGAAACUUGCUACUUUGUUGAGGCGCUGAUCAAGUGCAACCUCAAGUCAUUGGCAGAUGUCUCGGAGCGGCUGGCGGUGCAGGACCGAACCGAACCAAUAGACCGAAGCUGAGUAGGUGAUGUUGGUCAGGGGGAGAUGGGGUGGUGGAGGCUCCGAUGGCCAUGGAUGAAGCUUCGGAGGCUUUCGGAUCUUGGAAGCUUUGGAGACAGACUGGUAACAGCUUUUCUUCCCUCUAGGGGGAGACUUUGCUCCCUCUUCUGCUUUUGUUUGUUCUCGUGUUUUGUUGUUAAAAUGAUAAUGGAAUUUCCUGUCUCUUUAGUACCUCAAGAAGAACAUCUCCCGUCAUAGAAACUUGAUCUAUGAAUUAGACCAAAAGAGAAACAAAUGCCAAAAAAAAAAAAAAAAAAAAACUAGGUUCUCUUCUGAUUUUCCUGAACAUUGGCCAUGGUGUAUUGAUCUGUGGUUGUAUAUAUCUCUGCUGCAAAGAGUUGGUGUUUGUAAAUGGAUAUCUGUGCU